CUUUACUACCCCUCCGCGUCGUGGGACACGCGCACACUACACUUCAGGAACUGUUAGCACCGAUCAAAAGAAGGUGGCUCAGCUGUGCGCAGCCUAGACAAUGUCCGAAGAUUCUGACUCUAUAUCAGAGGAAGAAAGAAGUUUGUUCCGUCCGUUCACGCGGGAGUCCCUGGCAGCGAUCGAGACUCGCAUCGCCGAGGAAGAGGCCAGGCAGAAGGAGCUUCAGCAGAGAAGAGCGGAAGGCGAGGGAGGUUAUGGACGGAAGAAAAAGAAAAAAGAAGUACGGUAUGACGACGAGGACGAGGACGAAGGUCCUCAGCCGGAUCCACUAUUUGAGCAGGGAGCGUCGAUCCCGGUCCGACUGCACAACGAAUUUCCAACCGAGUUGGCCUCCACACCUCUCGAGGAUAUUGAUAGCUUCUACCACAAUCAAAGGACCUUCGUCGUCAUUAGCAAGGGAAAGGAUGUAUUCAGAUUCUCAGCGACGGACGCGAUGUGGAUGCUCGAUCCGUUCAACCCUAUACGGCGCGUGGCCAUAUACAUAUUGGUUCACCCGCUCUUUUCCCUCUUCAUCAUCACUACUAUAUUGGUUAACUGUAUACUCAUGAUCAUGCCCACCACGCCCACCAUCGAGUCCACCGAAGUGAUAUUUACGGGCAUCUACACAUUUGAGUCCGCCGUUAAGGUGAUGGCGAGGGGUUUCAUUCUGCAGCCUUUUACCUAUCUUAGAGAUGCAUGGAAUUGGCUCGACUUCGUAGUUAUAGCUUUAGCUUAUGUGACGAUGGGCAUAGAUCUAGGCAACCUUGCCGCUCUCAGGACAUUUCGAGUCCUCCGAGCCUUGAAGACUGUCGCUAUUGUACCAGGUCUGAAAACCAUUGUCGGCGCUGUGAUAGAAUCCGUGAAGAACCUGCGCGAUGUGAUAAUCCUGACGAUGUUCUCCCUCUCCGUCUUUGCGCUGAUGGGCCUUCAGAUUUAUAUGGGGGUCCUCACGCAAAAGUGUAUAAAGAACUUUCCUGAGGACGGCUCUUGGGGUAAUCUCACCGACGAGAGUUGGGCGCGAUUCAAUAAAAACGAAUCUAAUUGGUACGUGGACGAAGCGAAAAAUAUACCGUUAUGCGGAAAUUCAUCGGGGGCGGGGAUGUGCCUUCCCGGGUACACGUGUUUACAAGGAUUCGGCCCUAAUCCGAAUUACGGUUACACGAGUUUCGACACUUUCGGUUGGGCAUUGCUCUCCGCCUUUCGUCUCAUGACUCAGGAUUAUUGGGAGAAUUUGUAUCAACUGGUGCUAAGAUCGGCCGGACCGUGGCACAUGCUCUUCUUCAUCGUCAUCAUUUUCCUCGGAUCCUUCUAUCUCGUGAACUUGAUCCUCGCUAUUGUCGCGAUGUCGUACGACGAGUUGCAGAAGAAGGCCGAAGAGGAGGAGGCCGCCGAGGAAGAAGCUAUGAGGGAAGCCGAGGAGGCUGCACUGGCGAAGGAGAACAAACUCGCGGCGCAGGCUGCAGCGCGGGAAGCUGCGGCCGCAGCGGCGGCCGCCGCCGAGGAGGCCGCGGAUCAGAUCGUCAAAUCCCCGUCGGAUUUCUCGUGUCACAGCUACGAGCUGUUCGUCGGCCAGGAAAAGGGCAACGACGACAACAAUAAGGAGAAGAUGAGCAUACGUUCGAUCGAGUCCGCCGGCGACCAGAGGCACAUCAAGCAGAUCAACAACAAUCACAGCGCUGCCAAUAAAGUGCGGAAAGUCAGCGCCGCGAGCCUGAGCCUACCCGGCUCACCGUUCAAUCUGCGCCGCAGCAGCCGUGGCAGCCACCAGUUCACGAUACGCAACGGCCGUGGCCGAUGCUUCGUACCGCCGGGCGGCGACCGGAAGCCCCUCGUGCUGUCGACGUAUUUGGACGCCCAGGAACACCUGCCCUACGCCGACGACUCGAACGCGGUCACGCCGAUGUCCGAGGAGAACGGCACGAUCGUGGUGCCGGUGUACUACGCGAAUCUCGGCUCGCGUCACUCGUCCUACACCUCGCACGCCUCGCGGCUCUCCUACACAUCCCACGGUGACCUGGCCUUCCCCGGCAUCCGCGGCAUCGACACCAUCGGCAAGCAGCUCACCAAGCAGGAGCAGAUCCUCAGGAAUAGAAACAACAAACAGACGACACCGGCCAAUGGCCACGUUACGGACACCAAUCAGAAAACUUAUCAUUUCGAAACUUCCGAUCUGGAAGAUACCAUGGGCAAGACCAAGCAACAAGACAAUCCGUUUAUCGAGCCGUCGCAGCAGCACACCGUGGUCGACAUGAAGGAUGUAAUGGUGCUGAACGACAUAAUCGAGCAAGCCGCCGGUCGCCAGAGCCAGACGCCGGAACAAGGAGACGACGAUGAAGAACCUACGUUCAAGGACAAGUUAGUGGCCGGAAUGUUUCGUUGUAUCGACAUCUUUUGCGUCUGGGAUUGCUGUUGGCUUUGGCUCGAGAUUCAAAAGUACAUCUCCCUGUUGGUCUUUGAUCCAUUCGUAGAGCUCUUUAUCACACUCUGCAUCGUCGUUAAUACGCUGUUCAUGGCACUGGAUCACCACGACAUGGACAAAGACAUGGAAAGAGUUCUCAAAUCUGGCAAUUACUUCUUCACGGCGACAUUCGGCAUCGAAGCAACUCUGAAGCUGAUGGCGAUGAGCCCAAAAUAUUAUUUUCAAGAGGGCUGGAAUAUUUUCGAUUUUAUCAUCGUCGCUCUUUCGCUUUUGGAGUUGGGUCUCGAAGGCGUGCAGGGUCUGUCGGUAUUGCGAUCCUUCAGAUUGUUGAGGGUGUUCAAGCUGGCUAAAUCGUGGCCUACGUUGAAUCUGCUGAUUUCCAUCAUGGGCAGAACGGUGGGCGCGUUGGGUAAUCUAACGUUCGUGCUGUGCAUCAUCAUCUUCAUCUUCGCCGUGAUGGGUAUGCAGCUCUUCGGCAAGAACUACGUCGAUCACGUCGACUACUUCCCGGACGGUGAUCUACCCAGAUGGAACUUCACCGACUUCAUGCACUCGUUUAUGAUCGUUUUCCGAGUACUGUGCGGAGAAUGGAUCGAGUCGAUGUGGGAUUGCAUGCUGGUCGGUGACGUCUCCUGUAUACCGUUCUUCUUGGCUACCGUUGUCAUCGGUAACUUGGUCGUCCUGAAUCUCUUCUUAGCUCUGUUGCUCAGCAAUUUCGGCUCGUCGAACCUGUCGGCCCCGACUGCGGACAACGACACGAACAAGAUCGCGGAGGCGAUCGAUCGAAUAGCCCGUUUCAUUAAGUGGAUCAAGAAAAACAUCCUUAAUUUCCUUAAGUUGAUGCGAGCCAAGCUCACCAAUCAGAUAUCCGAUCAGGCGCCAGGUGAGGGACCGUCCAACAGUUGGAAAGAAGAUGGAAUUGAUCGCGAUGGGGACCUAGAUCUUGCAGAUGGAGAAUUGGACGCGUAUAGAGACAAGAAGAGCGCCAAAGAGCUUAAUCAGCUUGAGGUUGCCAUUGGUGACGGGAUGGAAUUUACUAUUCAUGGAGAUCUGAAGAAUAAACUGAAGAGGGGUAAGCUGUGCAUGAACAAUACGAAAGUUAUCGCGAAUUCAAUAAACCAUCACGAUUAUAGACUGGACAACGAUUAUAUUAAUCAGAACGAAGAUGACACCAUCAGUAACAAAUCGUAUGGCAGUCACAAAAAUCGCGCGUUUAAAGACGAGAGUCACAAAGGCAGUAUGGAUUCGUUAAACGGCGAGGAGAAGAAAGAUGCGAGCAAAGAAGAUUUGGAACAGGAGGAAGAUUUAGAAGACGGUGAAGAGGGCGAAGAAGAGGAAAAACUCGACGUCGAGAUAAUACACGUGGAUGAGGAUCCCAUUCAGUCGAAUUACCCGGCCGAUUGCUGUCCAGAAAACUGCUACAAGAAGUUUCCAUUCCUGGCCGGCGACGACGACGCUCCGUUUUGGCAAGGCUGGGCGAAUCUGAGAUUCAAAACCUUCGGGCUGAUCGAGAACAAAUAUUUCGAGACUGCCGUCAUCACCAUGAUCCUUCUAAGUAGCUUGGCCUUGGCUUUGGAGGACGUUCAUCUUCAACAACGACCUAUCCUGCAGGACGUACUGUAUUACAUGGACCGAAUAUUCACUGUGAUCUUCUUCCUCGAGAUGUUGAUCAAGUGGCUGGCUCUAGGAUUUAAGAAGUAUUUCACGAACGCCUGGUGCUGGCUCGAUUUUAUCAUCGUCAUGGUAUCGCUCAUUAACUUCGUAGCGUCGCUCUGUGGCGCUGGCGGGAUUCAAGCCUUCAAAACAAUGCGGACCCUAAGGGCCCUAAGGCCGCUCAGGGCGAUGUCUAGAAUGCAGGGGAUGCGGGUAGUCGUUAAUGCCUUGGUCCAAGCCAUUCCAUCCAUCUUCAACGUGUUGCUGGUAUGCCUUAUUUUCUGGCUUAUAUUCGCUAUCAUGGGGGUGCAGCUGUUCGCUGGCAAAUAUUAUAAGUGUGUCGACGCGAACAAGACGACGCUCAGCUACGAGAUAAUACCGGAUCGUAACGCUUGCAACGCCGAGAAUUACACGUGGGAAAAUUCGCCGAUGAAUUUCGACCAUGUCGGGAAAGCGUAUCUGUGCCUAUUCCAAGUGGCGACUUUCAAAGGAUGGAUCCAAAUCAUGAACGACGCGAUCGACUCUAGAGACAUCGAUAAGCAACCGAUUCGCGAAACGAACAUUUACAUGUAUCUCUACUUCGUGUUUUUCAUUAUAUUUGGAUCGUUUUUUACCCUCAAUCUGUUUAUCGGAGUGAUCAUCGACAAUUUUAACGAACAAAAGAAGAAAGCUGGCGGAUCCCUCGAGAUGUUCAUGACGGAAGAUCAGAAGAAAUAUUACAAUGCCAUGAAGAAAAUGGGCAAUAAGAAGCCUCUAAAAGCCAUUCCUCGACCGAGGUGGCGGCCGCAGGCAAUAGUGUUUGAAAUAGUGACGGACAAAAAGUUCGAUAUGAUAAUCAUGCUGUUCAUCGGGCUGAACAUGCUCACGAUGACGUUGGACCAUUAUCAGCAGAGCAAAACGUUCAGCGACGUUCUGGACUAUCUCAACAUGAUAUUCAUUGUGAUAUUCACCAGCGAGUGUCUCAUGAAGAUCUUCGCUCUUCGCUACCACUAUUUCAAGGAGCCAUGGAAUCUCUUUGAUUUUGUUGUUGUUAUAUUGUCAAUAUUAGGUCUGGUGCUCAGCGACAUUAUUGAGAAAUACUUCGUGUCGCCGACUUUGCUUCGUGUAGUGAGAGUGGCAAAAGUCGGUCGUGUGCUUCGACUCGUGAAAGGUGCCAAGGGUAUCCGAACCCUUCUCUUUGCCCUGGCGAUGUCGUUGCCAGCCCUCUUCAACAUUUGCCUACUGCUGUUUUUGGUGAUGUUUAUCUUCGCGAUAUUCGGAAUGUCUUUCUUCAUGCACGUCAAAGACAAGAGCGGACUGGACGACGUGUACAAUUUCAAGACAUUCGGGCAGUCAAUGAUACUGCUGUUUCAGAUGUCAACCUCGGCCGGUUGGGACGGUGUUCUCGACGGCAUAAUAAACGAGGAGGAUUGCCAGGAGCCGAACAACGAGAUCGGCUACCCAGGCAACUGCGGAUCCUCGACGAUCGGGAUCGCAUACCUGCUCUCGUAUCUCGUGAUCAGCUUCCUGAUCGUCAUCAACAUGUACAUCGCCGUGAUCCUCGAGAAUUACUCGCAGGCCACCGAGGACGUGCAGGAGGGUCUCACGGACGACGACUACGACAUGUACUACGAGAUUUGGCAGCAGUUCGACCCGGACGGCACGCAAUACAUCAGAUACGACCAGUUGUCGGACUUCUUGGACGUAUUGGAGCCCCCGUUGCAGAUACAUAAGCCCAACAAAUACAAGAUCGUGUCGAUGGAUAUCCCCAUAUGUAAGGGAGACCUUAUGUUUUGCGUGGAUAUCCUCGAUGCCCUCACCAAGGACUUUUUCGCACGGAAGGGCAAUCCGAUCGAAGAGACGGCCGAUCUAGGCGAGGUCCAGGCCCGGCCCGACGAGGCCGGCUACGAGCCGGUCUCGUCCACCCUGUGGCGGCAGCGCGAGGAGUACUGCGCCCGUCUCAUACAGAACGCCUGGCGGAAGCACAAGCAGCAGCGACUCGGCGGACCGAGCGAGGAGAGCGACGAUCCGGACACCGAUCUGUGCGUCCGGCAGACCAAGGUGCUCGUCGAGAGCGACGGCUACGUUACGAAGAACGGUCACCGCGUCGUCAUACACAGCCGAUCGCCGAGCGUCACUUCGAGAACCGCGGACGUCUGAUCGCCAACGUCGUCGUCGCCGCCGCCGCCGCCGCUGCAGCAGCAGCAACAGCAACAACAACAGCAGCAGCUACCGUCGUCGCUAUCGCCGCCACCGCCGCCGUCCGUGCGCCGCAAAUCGCUC